AUGAAAGUCUACUUCGUCAAUUCCACGCCAUUGCUCGUGGAAUGCCUCCAGAAAGCCAUUGCCGAAGUUUCUCCAUUUCUUCCACCGUCGGUAAACUUAUCAGUGGUACCAAAACCACUCCAGCUGUUUCUUUCAGCCAAGGAGAAAGAGCCAAUGGCUAUAGUUACCCCAGCCAACUCUUUCUCAUUCAUGGGAGGUGGCUUCGAUAAGGCUGUUCUCUCUGGCAUAUCCUCAAGUCCUCACAAAGAGAGGGAAGUUGAACUGGCGAUCCAAAACAACACGUUACUGCUCCACCAUGGCUUUCUUACUCCUGGUCAGGCUCAUACAGUCAACUUGGCUGAUAUCCCACACACCAACGACUCACUAGCCGUCAAACAAGGCGUCACUUCUUUAAUCCAAGUCCCCACAAUGGAAAUCCCCGAAGUGAUUUUGUUCGAUAGAGUGUUCUACUCCACUUGGGCAGCUCUUGGUGCUCUUACUGCUACAGACGUAGAGGCAGCUAUAUUUCCCGGCUUUGGCGCUGGUUUUGGCGGUGUUCCUCCAGGAACGUGUGCUAGGCUUAUGGUAGGUGCUAUUGCACUUUGGUACAUGCCAGCACCUUCGCCAUUGGCCCGUUCAGCUGCUGUUCUCUUAUACCUACGCAGAAAGUAUGUGAAACUCGGGAAAGCCUCUGACAUUGUCGCCCUUGAAGCUUACUAUACGCCUUUUGGAAAGGAACUUAAGAACGAGAAGGGGAAAGAGUCUCAGCAUUGGCCCCUUCCAUGGCACAAACUCGUGAAAGGCCUAAAUUGGAUAGAAAGCCGAAAUGACUAA